AUGUUGGUUGUGUUUGCCCUCUUCAUCAUCAGUAAGGCUGGUGGGCUAAUCUACAAUCGCGAAUUCCACACGGGCUUGAGCAAACUUUCUAGUAACGAUUAUCUGAUGCUCGCUGGCUCGUUCCAUGGGAUGCAUGCUAUUACCAAACAACUCUGUCCCGCGCCCCCUACACCGAACGUUCAACCUGCCUCCGCCGCGGGCCUUGCCCCCUCACCCUUUUCGUCUCGCCCGACCGGCAUCGAGGUUUUGGAGUCCAGUCACUUCCGUGCACAGUGCUUCCAAACCCUGACUGGCACAAAGUUCCUCCUGUUCACCGAGCCUCAGCAACCAAACAUUGACAGUAUCAUGCGCAAGAUAUACGACUUGUAUGCAGACUUCGUCAUGAAGAAUCCGUUUUAUACUGUGGAGAUGCCCAUCAGGUGUGAGAAAUUCGAUCGCGGACUCGAUGGUUUCGUCAAAGUACGAAGUUGA